UGGAGCCUACUGCAGAACAAAAACAGGACCAGUACGUCGCCCCCUCAAUAGGACACUGAACACUUUCCUUGGGUUUUCAGGUCUAAAGUCUGUCUUUUCUACCGUCAGUCUAUAGAAAGAGUGGUAAAAGGUUGUCAAAAGGCAAAUUAGCAACAUAGAAAAGAAUCAGCUUUAUCUUCUUGAGAUGUAUCAGCGUGCAGAGAUAUGUCUGCCUCGAAAGAAGAAGGUACUGGACUCCUACCGUUCAAACACCUACAGGGUAUUUGAUGAAAAUGUCCCGGAACGAUUAAAACCAGACGAAGUCUACAGGGACCAUAAAUAUGCAGCCAGAGAUGCAGGAGAAACAGAACUUCUGAAGACACACAACAUCCCGCAGCCUUACAAUGCCAAGUUCAUCAGGACCAACGUGAGAUUCCUCAAUGAGCCCGUUGCUCAUAUGGAAACGGACAGUACGGUGGCUGAACAGUUUAAUUGGUGGUCGAAUAGCCUGGACAGAGAUGUGGCUAGAAAAACAGUCUACAGUAAAGACAGCACUCAGAGACGUGACUACCAAGCCGUUGCAUGCACUCCAGUCAUCAGAUUUAAAGAGGGAAGAAACAGACACCCAGCAACAGGAAUUGUUCCGACUCUGAGCCCCCUUGGCCAGCCUAAAGAACUAGUGGAGCACAUGUCCUUUAUUCACCAGUUUGAUUCCAGAAGACUGCAGGACCAGCCAUACCAAGGAAAACGUCACGGAGCGUUUGUGUGGACUCAGAGGGGGGCGAGGGGGCCCGGCACAUUCCAGAGUGUGGAGGGGCUGGACUCUUCCCAGCAUACCCCUCUCUCUCUCCCUCUCCCCUCUGCAGAUGUGUGAGUCCACAGGGUCCUUCUCCACCCUCUUCACUCAGCCAGGCCCUGACGCCAGGGGCUCCUACAGCCCCACUGAGAAAACCGAGGGGGUAUAGAGGGUCCCUGCUCACUCGGGUGGGGCCCAACAGGGAUAAAAGGCCCAACAUGUGGACGAUGGAAGAGCCUUCAGCCAAACCCAGCACAAGAGUCCACUUUAGGUUUAGCCACCACAGUGACCUGACACAAACGAUGCUGCGUGUC